AUGUUGCCAUCUCAAAGCCCGUCUCCUGACUACAUAUAUGAAGAGUCCAUCACUAGUGACGCGGUUCCAGACGACCCCAAAGAGUCCAUAGAGGAUGCAGAAAACCUGGCUCGCGCAGACCUCUUUCCAUGGGUAGACCAACACUCCAACGUCAUCACACGCCACGUAGGAAAGGCACUCAUUAGAGCACACCAGGAGGAAUCCAAGACCUGGACUUGGGAGAUGAACUUCGAGUUCAGGCACAUUGCUCCAACACUCAAUUUCUCCAUCUAUGCGCAGACGGGAAUCAUCACCAGUCACAGGAUCGGCAAGAAUGUGAGGAAGAAUGGCGCCACCUGGGUUCACUUUUGGUUCCUGCGCGUCAUGUUUGGCCCGCAAGCGUGCUCGAGACAGCCCUGGUUUGCAGAGCUGGCUGAGAAGCAUCCUUGGAUUCUCAACGAGGCUCCCGGGGGCGUGGUCCCUUGGAGUGCAAGGGCCAUUAUUGAGUCUGGGCAGGAGGAUUGGGUGCCUGUAACGCCGAUAAUGGAAACCCCCAUCUUCCAUACUAUCACAAGGCCGAAGCGAGAGGCUGCCGAGAGCAUCUCAAACCCACGACCGAACAAGACGCCUAGAGCAUCUGUUCCAUACUCAAAGGAGACGGCCGGAGUGUCGGACGAGACGGAUGUGUGGACACAGCUUGAUGACGUUGACCUCUGGGAGCCUCUCAACAUGAAGUCUCCAUCGAAAUCGGACGAACAGUUAGAGGAGCUCAAAGUGAAGCACGAAGCGUUGCAAUCGGCACACGAAGCUCUUUUCGAGAAGCACAGGACGCUGGAGGGCAAGUACAAGAAGCAGGAGAAGAAGCUGGAGAAACUCUGCACGCGGCUGAUUCAGCUUGGGAGCUUGGUGAAGCAGCAGAACGGGGUUUGA